AUGACUACACUCAAAGGAUCAUAUCGUAUUAUAAGACCAUUAGGAUCUGGAACUUUUGCCAAAGUCAAACGUAAUUUUUUAUGCAGUCGGCGAGCAUUUAAUCACGAAGCAAAAAGUUGCAGUCAAAAUGAUUAAGAGAAGCUUGAUCUCUGAGCAGCAAUUAUACAAAAAAAUCCAAAGGGAAAUCAAAAUCCUCAAAGUCUUGCAUCAUCCUCAUAUAAUAAAGCUCUACGAUGUGAUAUAUACUGAAAAAGAAAUUAUUUUAAUACUAGAGUAUGUAUCUGGUGGAGAAUUAUAUUUCUUUUUAAAAUAAAUAGAUUAUUUUAUAUGAUAAAAAAAUAAUUUAAUAUAAAAAUGUAUAUUCAUUGAUUGAGAAAGGAAGACUCCUAGAGGCUGAAGCUAGGAAAUACUUCCAACAAAUAAUAUCCGCAAUAUCAUAUUGCCACCACCGUAAGGUUGUGCAUCGAGAUAUCAAGCCAGAAAAUCUUUUUCUCGAUGAAGAUUCAAAUGUAAAACUCGGCGACUUUGGCUUAUCUAACAUCAUUAGAGAUGGAAUUUUUUUCAAAACAGCUUGUGGGUCGCCUAAUUACGCAGCUCCAGAAGUAAUAGCUGGAGACAGAUACUGUGGCCCAGAGGCUGAUAUCUGGAGUAUAGGUGUUGUUCUUUACGCAUUAUUAGCUGGUUACCUUCCUUUUGAUGAAAACAAUAUUUCAUCUCUUUUUGCCAAGAUCAAAAGUAUUUCAUAAAUAGACGCGAAAUUUGAUAUGCCUCAUCAUUUUUCUAGACAGGCGAAAGACUUAAUCAAAAGAAUGAUAACUGCAGACCCGCUUUCAAGAAUAACGAUUAUGCAAAUUAAAGAGCAUCCUUGGUAUAAGACAGAUCUACCACUGCAUUUGUCUGUAACUGGGCUUAAUCUAGAUGCGAUAGAUAAUGGAGAUUUAUUAGCUAUAUACCGAGCUUAUAGAUUUCAUAGCGAAAUUGAUGAAGAAAUUUUGAAUACUUGUUUGGAGUAUCCUGAGCUGCAGCAAUAUGCGUCUGAUAAAGAUACAGCUAGAAGAAAUAUUCAUAGUUAUUUAUUUUGAAAUUUUCUAUUAAAAAAGCAGAUCCUUAAUUUUUAAAAAAAUAAAUAAUGAAAAAAUCAUAAAAUUAUAAAAUUUCUUAAAAUGGAAUAUUAUCAAAAGAAAGUAUGAUUCAUUAUCAGUCACCAGAAAUAAAAUGGUGAGGUUGGCUCAGGCGCGUUCUCUAUGAUUAGGCAGAACCCAUCUGAUGAAACUGAAAAUAGGGUCUCUGUUCCUUUUUGACAUGGGAUGCCUAUCGAGCAGGGAAGUUUUGUUCUCUCCCAAAGGAUUCUGUCCCUGCCAGAUGGGCUAGACAAAUUUUGCCUACCAUAUGGCUUCUCCUCAUCGAAAUCAUCGCGGCACUCUACCUUAGGGAGCUGAUCCAUUGGAUAGGUGGUUCAGGUUCAAAAUCCAAACUGGAAACAUUCUGGCAAUGUUUAAUGCGUUUACGAAUAGUGUUUUAAUUUAAUUUCUAUAUCAGUUACCUAUGAAAUUCUUUUAAAUAUCAAAUUAAGAUCCAAAAGAAUUUCUCUUGAAAAAGCUCAUGUCGAGCUAAGACCUACCUUUGCAAAACAUUCCAGUUCAUUUAUAAUUGCAGACCAUGGGAUAGAAAAUUCAGAGCAUUCUAUUUAUUUACUCCCCCCCCCCCUCCGUGAGCGAACAAAAAAAAUUUUGUUCGCUCACGGAGGGGGGUUAAUUUUUUUUUUUAAAAAAAAUUUAUAUAUAAAUUUUAUAAAAAAUAUUUUUUCGAAAUUUAAAAAAAAUCCUAAUUUGCAAAAAUUGGGAAGCAAAUAUUAAUUUAAUUUGCAAAAUUUAUGUUUUAAAAACGCAAUUUGUUUAAAAUUAAACAGAAUUAGCUCUAGAUUUCAUUAUACUAAUUAUCACUUAUAUAUCAAAAUUUUUUUCCAUUAAAAUUUUUUCUAUUAAAAAUAUUUUUGUUCACUCACGGAGGGUGGUUUUUUGGUCAAAAAAUGGCGAUUUUUCUAAUGAUUUUGUUCGCGCUCACGGAGGGGGGGGGGGGGAGUUAGGAGAAAAUAACUCUGCAGAUGAAAAAGGAGAGAGCCCACAUAAUUGGAAUUAUUGUAUUAGAACAAAACUAGAGCCUUAUAACCUGAUGUGCUUAUUGUUUAAUGCUUUUAAAGAAUGCGAGCUGGAGUGAAAACUAAUGAGCAAUUUCCAUAUAAGGGCAAGAUCUGUAGGGUAUCAACUGCUUGUUGAAAGAUUGUCUGAUCAAAAGCCAAUUUCUCCAAUUAUGUAUGGGAAAAUUAUUAAAUUGGAUAUAAUUAUUUACAAAGUAAGCGUUAUGUAGUGUGGAGAUAGCUUUGCAUUGGAUUGCUUAUUCUUGGAAGGCCAAGUGAUGAUGUUCCUAGAUACUGUCAUGUUUCUGCAUAAGAAAAUUAGCCUUACGGCUAACUAA